GCAAAUUUACGAAAAUGGCGAAGGGCAAGAUCAUUUACGAAAAUGGCGAGAGGCUAAACAAUUUACGAAAAUGGUGAAAAGGCAAAACCACUUACGAAAAUGGCGAAAAGGCGAAAUCACUUACGAAAAUGUCGAAAAAGAACCAUUUACGAAAAUGGCGAAAGGCGAACCUUUGGCGAAUAUGAAAGUCAAAAGCCUCUGA